GAAAGUUUCCUCUCCCCCAUGCCCCCUUAGGAAGCCCCGCAAAAUUAGCUCAACCGACUCAAGAGGCACUUCAGAAAGAGGGAGAGAAGACAGACAGAGAGAGGUACAGGAGAGACAAAGGGAGGACAGAGAGAGGUACAGGAGAGACAAAGGGAGGACAGAGAGAGAUGAGCGAUCAGGACAUGCAGCAAGACACUGAAGCCGUUUGAGAGUGUUUUGGGAGAGAAAGCAGGGAGAAAUGAAAAGGAGGGAGUCAGAAAGAGGUAGAAAAAAAGAGUGCAGAGAAGAAAGAAAGGGAGUAAAGCCAGUUGGCAUAGUUUGAGUUAUUCGGCUGAGCUCUAAAAGUUUCAGGCUGCCCAGACUCCAAACCACACGGACCAAAGUCCUCCCUGCUUUCCCUUCAGCUGCAACAUGGAGAGUUAGAAGCAGGGAGAUCCAGACGGCAGCACAGUUUAGAGCUUUGAGAUUUCUUUUUUGCUGUGGAUUUAUAUCUGUUCAUGCUCUCUGAUGUUUCUUUGCACUGGCUAAAUUCUGUUAGUAAUCCUAAGAGCCAGACCUACAGUACAAUGGGCCUGCACAAUGGAGUAUGAUAUUGAUUUCUACAAACAUUUUGCCUGGCUUAGAAAGGUAAACCUCCAUUCACCCGGCAGCAGUGAGUCCUACCAGGAGAGGUUAUCACGUCUGGAGGGAGACAAAGAGUCACUCAUUCUGCAGGUGAGUGUGCUGACAGACCAGGUGGAGGCUCAGGGAGCAAAGAUCAGCGAUCUGGAGAAUUCUCUGGUGGAGCAUCAGCUCAAACUCAACUCUACAGAGGAGAUGCUGCAGCAGGAGCUCCUACAUAGGACGUCACUGGAGAGCCAGAAGCUGAAUCUUAUGGGGGAGGUGUCCUACCUGAAAAUAAAGCUGGCAGACAUGGAGGGAAAACAGAACCACGGGGCUGAACGGCAGCAUAAAGCAGAGACUGUAGUAAAUUUCAUUAGUGAGCUGCAGGAGCAGAUGUGUAGGUUUCAGAAGGAGAUCAAUAGCAAGAUCCAGGAGAAAAAGGCCCUGGAGAUCCCGGCUGACAGCAGCUCUCAGUGCCCCAGUGAGCCCUCUGACAAUCAGGGUUCAGACUCCAGGCCAUCCUGCAACACAACCUCAGGAGCUGUUCAGCAACAAGAAGAGGCUGUAGAGGGGCCUGAUGGGAGCACGCACAGCCUGGAAGAGGCUGACGGCUCAGAUGCAGAGCAGGAGUACCAGAGUGGAGGAGAAAGUGGCCUAGUGAGAGAGCUCAGGAUUCUCAAAGACAAAGUGGAGCACCUGGAGGAUCAGAAGCUGCAGUAUGAGAAGAAACUCAAAGCAACAAAGGCGGAGAUCAACAGCCUUCAGCAGCUUCUGCUCAGUAAGAACGCGGAGAUCGAGAGCUUGCACACUCAGCUGCUGGCCAGACCCUCUCUUUCUGCUGAGAGCUCAGAGAGAGAUCAGGAGCUGCAGAAGCUCAGGAAUGGAAUGAAAUCCCUAAUAGCAGCCAAUGAUGAAAAGGACCGACGUAUAGAAGAGCUCACUCUGCUGCUGAAUCAGUGCAGGCAAUUCAGAGAGGUCACUCACAGCACAAGGCAAGCUCCACCUGCUGUUCGCUCACUGUCCAAUGGAAGGACUCCAUCCAGCAGCAGUGAGGAGGAAGAGCACGGGCUGAUGAAGAAUGCUGACUCUGCCAGCACCAAAUCUGAGGACGUGAAAUCUGAAGUUUCCACAAACAGUUCUUCCUCACAUCAAACAUCUGUUUCAUCAGUGCAGAGGGACAGUGAUUCCAGAACAGAAUCACAAACUUUAUCAAGCAGCAUGAAUGACCUAACGAAUGGAGCCACACAAAAGAGUACUCCAGGUGAAACCAGGAGUCACACUCUGCCUGUGAACUCCUCUCUGUCGGAGCAGAAUGGAACGCCCGACAGCAGCAGUGAAAUCCCGAGUCAGAGGUCCCCAGAUGGGAGUGAGGAUGGCGACUCCUGCCAAAGUAAGCAGGAGAAGGCAGAUGAGAGCACUUCAAGUGAAAAUUCUCCCGUUCAUUCUGAAGCAAACACACAGGCAGGCCAGAGAGCUGUGGGCUCACCAGAAUACAUGAAGAACAACAGGAGCUUCAAGAAACUCUGGGGAAAACUACGAAGAACACAAUCUGGAGGGCUCCAGGCAGCAGACCCAGAUGGCGGUCAGUUUCGAAGAGGGGGACUACGAGCUACAGCCGGACCCAGACUGACCAGGGCCCCUGAAUCUUACAACUCUGCACGAGAUAUGAAUAUUCCAUUCAGCCAGUGGACCAAGGAGAAGGUGUGUGGCUGGUUAGAGGACUAUGGACUGGGCCAGUACGUCAGUCUCAGCAGACAGUGGAUUGAAAAUGGACAAACACUUCUGUCUGCUACACCCCAGGACUUUGAGAAGGAGAUGGGUAUGAAGAAUCCUCUCCACAGAAAGAAGCUGCAGCUUGCCCUGCAUGCCUUCAUGACAAAAGUCAUCGAGAAAUCAUCAGAGCUGGACCACAUCUGGGUCACACGCUGGCUGGAUGAUAUCGGUUUGCCUCAGUAUAAAGACCAGUUCCAUGAAGCUCGAGUGGACGGUCGAAUGAUUCAGUACCUCACUGUGAACGACCUCUUGACUCUGAAGGUCACCAGCCAGCUUCAUCAUCUCAGUAUUAAAUGUGCCAUUCAUGUGCUUCAUGCCAACAAGUUUAACCCUAACUGUCUACGACGCAGACCAGGGGAAGAGAAGCAGCCCUCUCCCUCAGAGGUGGUUCAGUGGUCGAACCAUCGUGUGAUGGAGUGGCUGAGAGCCGUGGAUCUGGCUGAGUUUGCUCCUAAUCUUCGGGGCAGCGGUGUUCACGGUGGGCUGAUUAUCCUGGAGCCUCGCUUCAGCUCAGAGACUUUGGCCCUGCUGUUAAAUAUUCCUCCACAGAAGACUUUGCUCCGCCGCCAUCUUGCUACUGCCUUCUCAGCGCUGGUGGGGGCUCAGGCCAUGCAGGAGAAGCGAGAGUACGGCAACGCCACGGGCCAUGUGCCUCUUACUACCACUGCUAAAGUAAAGCCGAAGAAACUGGGCUUUACACAAUUCAGCCAUCUAAGAAAGAGGAAACCUGAUGACUCUGCAGACUAUAUCUGCCCAAUAGACAGUGGAGCUCUGACAGUGAACGGGAUUUCCCGUUUGCCCUCUGCUGCACUCAGGGGCCUCAGCCCCAGCUUGGAACGACAGGCUGAGAGGAGUGAGCCACUUGGGAUUAAAUCUCAGGCUAAUGGCCAAAAACUAUAAUUUAAAAAGUAAUGUUGAAACUCCUCCGAUCCAUCACACUCCCACCUCACCGCCUGUGAAUGAAGUUCAGACACUGAAAGGCUGACAUUGUGAAUCCAGGCGGUGAUUUGAUGGAUUGUCUGAGAAAUUGGUGCUUUAAGCAGCCUCCGUUAAUAUUAUUAAUGUAUUUUUUCAUUGGGAUAUUGCCUCGACUAUAUCAGUGUAUAACAGUGAUGAGUUUUGAUAAAUCUAUGUGAAUUGUUCAUUGAAAGCUGCUCUCUGCAUUCCUUACAUGGUCAGAUUCCAAAGCUGAUACUUAAGCUUUAAAAACACACAGUGUACUGACUAUUUUUUAUCUAAACAUCUGUAGAUGUAGGAUCAUACAAAUCUUUUAUUUUAUGCCUGGAUUGCCCGUAAAGAACCAGAACCAACAACAAAUUGUUGAAGAAUGUUUCUCAUUUAUUACCAGCAGGAAAAUCUGAAAUGAAACAUUGUUCAUUCUUUUAGUUCACUUUUCCUUCUGCACCUUAAAAUGAGGCUUCGGUACAUUUUAGGAUUCUCCGUCCAACAUGUUGCCUUGUUUCAUAAUAUCAUGAUGAAUAUGCCUUAUGUAAUAAAUACUGCAUCAAAAGUU